GCCCAUUUAUAAUCAAAGCCAUUUGGUUGUAAAAAUACAUCUGUAACACAGUAAUACUUGGGCAGCUAGUCUCUCCCCUCUCAAGCUUUCUUCCUCUUCUUGGGCGUGUGACUGUGACAUCAUUACAGCCCAUUAACAAGAAUUUUGGGAUGUUUUCUGCCUCUGGUCCGUGCUUUGUUUAAAUCCAAACUCAUCCUCUUGGUCUCGAUUCGACUUCCUCGUGGGACGGCCGGAAAUACGUCGUGCACUUUUGGCCAGGCCAGACGUCGUUCCCCACCAGAUGUUUGAUGUUUUGAGUCUGUUAACCACGCGAUGGUAGAUAUCAUAACCUGUAUUGAGAGUAACAGACUUGAAAUAACUUCGCAUACCGCGCAUAUUAAGAAUGGGAAGGAUAUGGUCCUGUAAGUGUUAUGGGUCUUCACUCAAUGGCAAUGCAUUUCAAGCUCCUCUUUCGUGGGAUAAACCGUCUCUACAGCCUAACCCAGCAAACUCGUUGCUAUGCCCGCGACCCAUUUCCCAAUAAAGUCUCCCACUACCUGUUCCGUGCCAAACUCAUUGAUAAGAUUCGACUAGGCCUCCGCUCCAGCACUCCCAGCUCGCUUGCGCCUCUCCUAAAUCAUCGUCUUAUCGACUCAUUCGUUGUCACUCAUGCGCUCCGGUCUGCGCCUUCUGCAGACGCUGCCCUAUCCCUGGUGGACACCCUUCAAUCAAUUCCUCAUUUCUCGCAUACCCAGAACACCGUCCAUGCACUGGCCACGGUCCUGGCCAAGUCCCACCGGACUGCGGAACUCAAAUCCCUUAUUGAUGCCGUCAAUGCUGGCAGGUUUCGCAAUGUCCGUGUCACUUUUAUGAACCUUAUGCAGUGGUAUGCUGCGACUGGAGACCUUGACAUGGUACUCCGUGUUUGGGACGAGUAUAGGUUGUCAAGCGAGCGUGUAUGCACCGAGUCUUAUAACAUUGUCAUGCGCCUUUAUGCUCAAAGGGGUAAGGGCGACUCUGAGGCCGUGCAGGUUUUCUAUAGGAUGAUAAAUGAAGGGGCAAUUCCAAAUUCUACGACUUACAAGGUAAUGAUUGAGCACCUUGUGAACUCCGGAAAGUUAGAGUCCGCAUUGGAGAUUUUUAAAAUACUGCCCUUGAUGAGAAUUAGACGCACUUCAAAUCAAUAUUUUGUUUUGAUGGAAGGACUUAUUGGUGUUGAGCGGUUUGACGAGGUCAAGGAUUUGCUCAAGGAAAUGAUGGUCGAUGGAAUAUUGCCGGGAAGAGCCAUGCGUUUGUCAUUGAAACGUAUGCAGGAGGCAGGAUUUGUCCAAGAGACAGAUAAAUUUCUUGUAGAAAUGUUGCCGGAUGAGAGAAUCAGAAGCAUAGGAUGUAGUGAUGUUCAUAGCGAUGAUGCUCAUUAUGAUGAUGAUGAUGAUGAUGUGGAUGAUGAGGAUGAGGAUGUUUCUCGUGGUAGUGGAGUAGACUAUGUUGAUGGGGUUCAGUUAAAACCGUGGUUAGACCCAAGGGCCUUGGCAAGUGCCUUACAUCAUUGGAGCUCUAACGAGGUAUCAGCUCUAAAGGACGCGAAACUGGUGUGGACAACUCGGUUGUUUUGCAAGAUUCUUAGGAAUUUGAAGUCUCCGGACACAGCUUGGGAUUUUUUCUGUUGGGUUGCUUAUCAGCCAGGAUUUACGCAUGAUGUUUACACAGUACAAAGGAUGCUGGCACUUUUAGCACGCCACGGCCAUGUUGAAUUGGUUGAUAAACUCCUAUCCAAAAUAAGAAGGGAGGGAAUGAGAUUGCCCUUCAGCACCAUGAGGUUGAUCAUUGACUUUUAUGGCAUCUCGAAGAGAGCUGAUGCGGCUCUAAAGGUCUUUCGUGAUGAUAGAACUCUCUGUGGUCCCAUAUCAAUUUUCAAUUUGAUGCUUCUGUAUUCAUCUCUAUUACGAACGUUGACCAAGUGCGGGAGGAAUUCUGAUGUCAUGGAUGUACUUGAAGAGAUGGUUUUGUGUGGGAUUUGUCCGGAUAUUCAGACAUAUUCUGGAUUAAUGCAUCACUUUGCAUUGAAUGGGGACAUCAAAACAGUGCAGAAACUCUUUGCAAUGGUUAGGCAAAGUGGUGUGGAACCUGAUGGUUAUAUGUUUAAAGUACUGAUCCAAGGUUAUUGCAAAUGUGAGAGAGCUGCUCUUGCAUGGAGAGUUUUUGAAGACAUGAGGAAUUUAAAUUUGAUGCCUGAUCCUGUCACUAAAGAGCUGCUAGUAAAGAGUCUCUGGAAGGAAGGCAAGCGGAGAGAGGCUGCUGCUGUUGAAGAAAAUUGUGAGCAAACAAAAGUUCUUCCACUAACAUUGCGCGGUCACAAAUGGACGGUGAGCUCUGCAGAUCUCAGAAGGGUUUAUGAUAUUUAUUCAACAAGCUUUACAUCCACAGCUGGCUAGAGUUGUGAAUGUUUCUGCUAAACAAGCAAUUAUCUGCUUCAAAGCGGUAUACCAAGCAACUUUGUUAAUUUAAUUAUCAAUUAAAAAAAAUAUUAAAAAAAAAAUGAAGUUCGUUCAUGUUUUAUUGAAGUUGCUGCCAUUUUUUUUCUGGUAAUUUUUUGGAUUUGAAACUGAAUUUCACGUCUGCAAAGACUCUUUUGAUGAAAGAAAGAAAUUAAGAGAUGACUGCUUGUGGUUGCCUUAUAAUAGUUGGUGUAUUUAACCAAAGCCUGUUGCGAUACUUGAGUGUUAUCAGAUCUUGGGAAUUGGAAAGAUCUACCGCAAAGUGAAGCUGUUUUGUUGCUGUGGAAUCGAUUAAAUUACAUUGACUUAGUCAGCCUUGUGUUUAGGUUGUCAUCAAAGAAUAGAAGUGACCCCAAGAAAUGACUUCUUGUGCUUGUGAUAUAGUUAGUCUACUGAAUCAAAAGAGAUUAAAUCUGAUUGGGAUGCUUCCGCAGUUUUGAGUCUUGCAGACCUAUGCUAAAAUGAAUGCCCUUUCUGAAAACGAUGGGAGAUCAGUUGCACCCAAGCUGAUCAUUUGAGAGGCAGACGUGUGAUUCAGUUUUGUGGAUCAAACGUCAUUCUAAUACCUUGAUCUGGUGCCACCGUAUGGUAACAAUCAGAACUCUAUGAGCUGUAUGAAUCAUAGAUUAUCUUUUCCCUUUUUGUUUUUUGGAUAAGUAAAAUUAAAUCCCAGGUGAAGCCAUCAAGCUUUUUGGUUCUCAUGCGUCGGGUGGCUUACUUUUUAUAUAAAAUUUGUAGUGAACUAAUCUGAAGCUUUCCAAAGAUUGUCAGCAGAAAGGAAAGCAUUAUGGAUGAAUAAUGCGAUUAUGUAUUUUUCUUCAUGAUAGUGUACUAAGAACUCUAUAAACUACAGCAA